CUCAAUAUAAAGUCAUCUAACUAGUGUCAAACGGAUCAUUCGAAGACAAAAUGUCCAUGACUCUACGCCGCUUUAUCUUAACAGCAGGAUUCCUGGUGUCCUGUUGUAGUUCAUCAUUAAUAGAAAAGAGGGCCUCAAAAUCCUGUUAUGAAUGUAACAAUAUAGCCGAUCCCUCCCAGUGUACCCGAGUAGUAACAUGCCCGGCUAACGAAGAAUGUUAUACACAAUCUCAUUCGACAUCCUCUAUAUUCCAAUCUACCGUAUACUCCAUGGGAUGUCGAUCUACAUCGUUGUGCAACGCCCUGUCAGGUGGCGGAGCAGUUGGGAAAAGAAAUACCCGACAGCUGAAUACACAUUGUAACCAGUGCUGUAGAACAAAUAACUGUAAUAGGAAUCUGUGUGGGGGGUCAGGCACCACCAAUCCAACUGUGUCCACCUCUAGUCCCACGUACGUUCGUUUGAUUGGGGGAUCCAAUGCUUAUGAGGGACGUGUUGAAGUUUUCCAUAAUGGAAUAUUCGGUUCAAUUUGCGAUGAUGGCUGGGGUGGAAGCGAAGCCCAGGUUAUCUGUGGUAUGCUGGGAUAUAGCAGGAGCGGAUCUGGUGGCGCACAAGGCACAGUAUUCGGUGGAGCCCCACUGUAUGCUAAGAUAUUCAUGGACGAAGUGAAUUGUACAGGGACAGAAGCAAGCAUUGACCAGUGUCACUUCAAUGGCUGGGGAGUGCACGACUGUGGACAUGACGAAGACGCAGGAGUUAUCUGCAACUCAGCUAGUCAAGAGGAUAAUAUCAUCUUUCUUCUGGAUACUGGUCUUGGUGGAGUGAUUUUCAGAAUGGACCUGAACACCCAGAGUUAUGUGCCCAUUCCUAUGAACAGUCUGUACACCCCCACAGCUUUUGAUUAUGACCCCACAGACGGAAGGAUCUAUUUUGUGGAUUACAAACUUAGACAGCUGAUGAGCGUACAUUUCAGCGGAACUGACGUCAGAGAACUCAAACAAUUAGAUGCAAAUGCUGAUUUAGAGAAAAUUCAGGUGGACCCAAUCAACCGAAGGCUUUUCUACGCAGACACCGGUAACAAUCUUAUUGGUACCAUUAAUUUAGACGGCACCGGAUACAAGGUUAUCGUGAACCAGGGUCUGGAUGAACCACGUGACUUGGCUCUUGUUCCCGCCACACAGUAA